AUGGGAGUGAUGUGUCAAAUAUUAAUCAACAGAACCGAAGACGGUGUUUUCAAAGUAGGAGGACUAGUUACAGGAACAUUGAAGUAUUUCAUAGACAAACCAACACACUACAAAAGUAUAAGCAUAACCUUUCUGGGAAAAGGAAGAUGUUCGUGGUCAGAAACAAGAGGCAAAACCACGACUCAUUACAGCAACGGCGAAGAAUACAUAAAUCAAAUAGUAAAUAUAUAUUUGGACAGAGAAAAGGAAGAUUUUAUAUCUGGUGGAUUUGAAUACCCAUUCCAGUUCCUUCUACCCGUCGAUAUACCACCAUCUUUCAAGGAUAGUACGUGUACCAUAGAAUAUAAAAUCAUUGUGACAUUUGUAAAAGCUAACAUAAUUACGUCAAAAAAAUAUUUUGAUGUAGAAAUACCAGUGACCAGCUAUGUUAACCCAUGUUCAUUAGAGCCAAUGAUGUUCUGUUUAAGGAAAAAUAUAUUUUCUUUUAACAAAACAAAUUCGAAUCAAAUCGACUUGAAAGGAGAAAUAAUUAAAACAUGCGUAACUCCUGGUGAAAACAUCCAAAUAAAACUCACGGUAAACAAUGACACAAAUCUACAGAUAUUUGCAAAAACUGAACUCGUACAUCGUUUGACUUACAUAGCAAGUUGUGGUCACAAGAAGACUCGUGAAGAUAUUGUAAAUAAUACUAGUACCAUGUCACCUGUAGCAGAAAAUAGUGUCGUUAAUCUAAUAUGCGUUAUACCGACUUUACACAAUUUAAGUUCAUUAGAACACACAAAAGUCAUGAUUGGUGAAUAUAAAGUCAAACUCGUCGUUAAACCUCCGUUUCCCCAUAUGUUUCGUAUGUUGUAUAUACCAGUAGCUAUCGGACUUAGAAAACACGAGCUUGUAGUACCAGGCGCAGUGUACUAUCAAUAUGACGGAGAACAACCUUCAUGUUCAUCAGUGGCUCCACGUAAUGACAUAUUUGCAAGCGAAGAUGAGAAAAAAUAUUUCGAGAAAUAUGAAAAGGUAGGAAUUGAAAAAAAUGAGAAAGAAGAUUCAGAUGAAGAAGAUGGGAUAGAUUUCGAUAUAAACGAUAAAUUGAAAUUUGUAAAACUUGAUAUCAAUGAAUUUGAGGAUAGCAGGGAAGAAAAAAAUAGUGACAAGGACAGCCGUAAUAAAGAAGCACAAUCCAGAUGA